AUGUCAAACUUCAUAACUACAAUGUUCGUCUCAUCCCCGUCCAAUAUUCAGUUCCCCGCGAAACCCAAGCCCAUCUCCCCCAUAUCUACAUUCGUCCAGAGCCAGAGCUGCAUGAACCUCCGGAUGAACCUGCUCGAUUACCAAGAACGAGGUAUAGCUGGAGGGAUAUCGAUACAGAAUCUAGCAUCGUGCGACGAGAAAGGCAUGCCCAUGGCCCUUGCGAAACUAAGGGAAACGUACAAGAGCCCGCUGCAGAGGUUGGGAGAGGCGUUGAAGCUGCCACAGUCUGGCAAUGCGCUUACAAGGGCGUUGGCUGAAGAUGGGGCUCCUGCUGCGAGAGGUCGACGGCCACUUAAACACCCUGUCACACAGACGGACCGGCAGGAUAGCCCUAUGCGUCAGCCUGCCAACUACUCGUACAGCCUUGUCCCUGGUGGUAGCAAUGCGACAACAUCGACCGAACCGACAAGCAAUACAGCUCUGGACUCUGGGCAGCGAUACUUCGCUCCGAAGGAUCGCAGCAAUAUGAAACCUACAUCAAGACCACCCGUGGACCCGCCGCGCAAUCAUGGCCAUUUUGCGAGCCCAAGCUUACUCUCUUCUCUUUUUAGUAACCCGCGCACUCGUGCACCGUUCAAGCCACAGAAGUCAAAUCGAGGCACAAGCAGCUGGCAACUGAAACAAUAUGCAGAGGCCACACUCGGCAGUGGCAGUCUGAGGAAGGCUGUGAAGCUGCCCGAGGGCGAAGACAAGGACGAAUGGCUGGCAGUCAAUAUCGUCGAUUUCUACAACCAGAUCAACUUGCUCUACGGGUCCAUCACCGAGUUCUGCUCGCCACAGAGCUGUCCUGAGAUGAAGGCGACAGACGAGUUCGAAUACCUCUGGCAAGACAGUGAGAACUACAAGCGACCUACGAAGAUGCCGGCCCCUGAAUACAUUGAACAUCUCAUGGCAUGGGUGCAGUCCAACGUCGACAACGAGCAGAUGUUCCCGAGCCGUAUCGGUGUGCCUUUCCCAAAGACUUUCCCAUCCCUCAUCCGCAACAUGUUCAAGCGCCUGUACCGCGUCUAUGCGCAUAUCUACUGCCACCACUAUCCCGUCAUCAUUGAGCUGGGUCUUGAGCCUCAUCUGAACACCAGCUUCAAGCAUUAUGUGCUGUUCAUCGAUGAGCACGGGCUGGCGAACGGCAGCAAGGAUUUCUGGGGGCCGCUGGGUGACCUUGUAGAGAGCAUGUUGAGGAGUGAUUAG